ACUCAACACUCCUCUCCGAACUUAGAAAACAAAAAAAGAGAGAGAGAUAAAGAGGGAGACCUUGCUUAGCAUUUUCAAAACAUGGCUUCAAAAAACAUGAUGAAAAACACGAUAGCUCUCAUCCUCGCCAUCAACCUCGUCUUCUUUGGCUUCACCGUGGCACAACCUCCUCCUCCACCUCCAGCUCCAGUGUGUCCCAGAGACAUCCAAGCUUGUGUCAACGUGCUUCGAGCCAGCGUGAUCCUCAAUGCUCAAACAGUGAGCCGAUGCUGCACUCUCGUGGCUGGGCUUGACGCCUCUGUGGCCUCUGUAUGCCUAUGCAAUGCCGUUAGAAUCUCACUCCUCAAUAUAUUGACGAUCACUCUGAGACUUAAUCGGGUUCUUGAAAUCUGUCGUAUCACUCCCCCAGCAGGUUUCACAUGCGCUUAAUCCUCUCAUAAGACUAAAUAAGCACACCAGUUUCGUAUUAUCGAAUAAUAAUGGUGCAACUAUGUUUCUCUAAUAAUUAUACGUGUCUUAGUAAGAUCUAUGUUGUUAAAAUAAAGUGAAAACAGUUGUACUGCUGUUUACACAUGUUCGUAGUUAUGUUCUUCAAGUUUGAUUUCCUUAUGUUGUAGUGUUGUAUAAUCUCUUGGUUCAGGUGAAAGUAAUAUACACUUUACCUUUUG